UUCGCCACACCGACACAGAGUCGCCAACCUCCACUCCCUUCCCCUCCCGUCUUCAAUGGGCGCCGCUCAGUCUCGGCGGCGGCCGGCGGCCAUGGGCCGAUGGGCGUACCUCUCCGAGGACCUCCUCGACGACAUCGUCCGCCGCCUCCCGUGCGAGGUCGACCGCCUCCGCAUGAGCCACGUCUGCCGCUCCUGGCGCGUGGCGCUCACGAAGGCCGAGCCCCCGGCGCCGCCGCCGCCUCCCCCGCUCCCGUGGCUCCUCCUCCCGGAAGUCGACGGCGAGCACGGGCUUACCUUCUCCUGCGUCCUCAGCGGCUGGCGCCGCACCCACCCCUUCUUCCUCCCGCACGCGGCGCGCCGCGCCCGCUACUUCGGUUCGUACGACGGCGCCUGGCUCUUCCUCGCCAUCGACGGCCCGCAAGGAGACCAAGCAGUCCAAGCUCAAGACCACGUCCUCGUCAACCUCAACAACUUCCAGUACCUCGACCUCCCCAACGCGAUCCCCCUCAACUGGGAUCUCCCUCCGGAAGCGCAGGAUCUCGAGAGAAUCGCCAUCGUCGCCGCCACUCUCUCGUGCCCGCCGACUGAACAAGGAUGCGUCGUCGCCGGUAUCAUCGUACUUCCUCAGGCCCUCCUCCGCGGAGUCGCGUUCUGGCGCAUGGGCGAUCGCGUCGUCUCGGCGGUUUUCGCGGAGGCGUGGCCACCGGAGCAAGUGGAGGACCUCAUAUACUUCAAGGGAAGGGAAGGCCAUGAAAAUUUCCUUCUGCUCACCGAUGGGGAAAACAUUUACGUGUGUCAACCCAUGUUCCAUGGAGAUGACCCGCCAAUGGUGCCAGUAUUCUCGAAUUUGGUGCGCUUCAAGCCGCGCGGAUCCAGCGGCCAGCGGGUCCUUGCUCGCUACCUCGUGGAGUCCCGAGGGGAUAUUCUCAUGGUCGUCAGGUUUCGCUCUGAUCUUCAGUCGUCGGAGUUCCGGGUGUUCCAACACAAAGACGGCGAGUUUGGGGAGAACUUGUGGAGCUUGAUGUCUGAGCUCGAUGGCCGGAUGCUGUUCGUCGGACGAGGCUGCUCCAGAUCGUACGAGGCGCGCGACUACAGGUACCCUGGCAUGGAGGGCGUCUACUUCUUGGAUGACCGGAGCUUCCACGACCAGAUCGUGGGGUUCGAUGGCGAUGCACCCAAGGAGCCGUACCGCUGCAGCGACAACGGGAGAUGUUCGAGACCACCUUCCCAGGUCGAGCGCUGCUUCCCGGAGCGGGGCCAGUCGAGAUCCAAGUACUCGCCUCCGGUUUGGAUUCUCCCUUGAGAGUUGAGACGACAGGAUCGAUUUGGCAACGUCUUUUGUUUGUUUUCUUGAUCUACAUUUUGUCGUUUGCUUCUCCUUUCUGAGUUCAACGAUGUUGUCAUGUUGAGACUGCUGCUGAUCAGCAGUUAGAAUGGCCUGCAUAUGUUUGUGGUGUUAAACUGAAAGAAGGAUUCAGUUAGUGCUGAAAUGCUAUAGAUGACUUGCUGUUUUGGUUCAGUGAUAUUCUUCACGAGUCUCACUGCAUUCUACGUUUCAUUUUCAGCUACACUUUGUUGCCUUCAAUUUUCAUUUCAGUUCAAUCUUCUUUAAGCUGUACUUUUUUUUUCGCGAUUCUUUAAGCUGUACUGAAUUUGCAAUGUGCAUCUUACAGAUCAGUGUAUCUUUGACACCUGCAGAUUGUUAAAAUUUUACAGAUUCAGCAU